CUCUGAAAAGUGGCGAAGGUAUUUCGGCUGAUUUCGGCCCGAGACUAUCGCAAGGUACCAAUCACCGUUGUGGCGCGAGUGUCGCCUGCAGCCGUCCGAUUCACCUCAAUGAUGGCGUAGUGGAAAGACAAAAUGACAGGCUUUAACAAAUUCCAGGUUCGACUCUUCAGAGAUUCCUUCAACACUCCGUGGGGCUUUCGGCUUCAGGGUGGGAAGGACCUGAAUCAAGCCCUUAUCGUUCAAAGGGUGUUCUCCAACAGCCCUGCGGAAGGUGUGCUCCAGAGAGGUGACGUCAUUGUUUCCAUCGGCAACAGGAACGGCGACGAGUUGACACACAAGCAAGCCAAGGACCUCAUAGAGGGAGGCGGAGGACAGAUCAACCUUGUUGUUACCAGAACGGGUAGUCCGUCCACCGUACCUCCUCCAGGGCGACACGAUACGCAAUCGUCAUUUCGUACCCCGGCGCCAGUUGCACCACGAACCAACCCGCCUAAAGCAAUGCCUUCCUAUGGCGGUGGCGGUGGAUCAGCCGGACACAAACCCAAGAAGGUCAACCUGUCCAGAUUGGGUGGUGGCGGUCCUGACUUUGGUUCCGACUUCACGCGUCCAAACCUCCAAGCUCCUCAACAAGCUUCAAGGCCAUCGUACCGUCCAGUUGGAGGUCAAGGUCAAAUGCUGAACAAGGUCCAGGAGAGUCUAGACAGCAUCAUUUACUCCCCGCGCUCCCCCGACCCUUAUCAACAGGCUCCUUUCUAUGGCCAGCAACAGCAACAAUCCUAUCAGCAACCUACUCAGCAACAACAGAUUUACCAGCAGCCAGCCCCGCCACCACCCUUCCAGCCCAACAUGUCAUUGGGAGGUCCCGUCUCCCCAGGGGGAGGCUACCGACCAACAUUUGAGCAGAUCGACAGUGGACAAUACGCGGAGGAUGAAGAGGAUUUUGUUCCUGUGUGGGAGAGGAGGAAAACUUUCCAGGACCAGAGGCCGGCAGUUACUAAAUCGGUGAGGGCAACUCCAGUACCAAAAGUACCAAGACCGGUGGGGAAGUCCCCAGAUGCGCCUUCCUUUGGUAUAGACUACUCCGCACCAGGGGCACGGCCUGCCAGCGUCAAGUGGACACCCCAGAAGGCACCCCCCAGGCAGUAUCAGCAGCCCGUGCAGUCGGAGCCACCACGCUACCAGAACGAGCCCGAGGUCCGAGCUCCCUGGAGAGAGAGUCUACGAAGCACUGGAGUAAAGCCUUGGGAUGUAGACUUGGACUACACAAGCCAACAGCCUACCCCCAGGUCUGGAGCUUACAAUCCUAUGAGUGAUCCUCAGACGGCCACUCAAUUCGACCCCAACCCUGCUGCCCCGUAUCAGGAGGAGCAGGGUGAGGGGCAGGAUGUCAAUGGCCCAAAGGUUGUCCAUCUGCAAUAUAACUCCCCUAUGGGCCUGUAUUCAAAGGAAAAUGUACAGGAAACAAAAGCUGGUCAGACAAAAGCGUCGCUCGCCCAGCCACAGGCACCACAGGCACAAGGUAAACCAGCCAAGGAAGGAGAUCGGGACUGGAACCAAUCAGCUGUGUUUAGAAUGAUUCAACAAGAAGAGCGCCGCCCAGGACAAGCUCCUGCCAGGGCUGCCCCAGCUCCUGCCCCUGGUAGAGGUGCUCCUGUGCCACCCCCGCCCCCAAAACCAGCCCCUCAGUUCCAAGCAUCUGCCAAAUUCAGCGCACCUGCCCAAUUCAAUGCACCUGGUCUUGAGGAUGAGUUGGGGGUGUCUGACUUCUAAGGCUGCGGAUGAGGAGCAGGGACAAGGAGUUUGAAGACGUUGCUGUACAUGUUCCAAACACUAACUAAUGAUGGGCGAAUCUACGCCAGUCUGGCCCAUCACGGCUUUGUGAUGGUAGAGUCAUUUUGUUCUAAGUCACAUGUACUACUAGCUACUACACGGCUGGUUACUGAAGUAGAGGGUGUAGAAUAUGAUUAUACGAUGUUUGGUGUUCCUUUUUUUGUUUAAUUUAUUCACUACGGGCCGAGGACGCAAGUGCAAUAUGAGGUUUUAUACCCUUUAUUUAUUAGUCCCCUUGGCAAGGUAGACUUUUUUGUACAUUAUCCCACAGGUGAGUUGAUCGCCAUGCUGAUGAUACCACAUUGUGUUCCUAUUGUACAAAGUAUAAAUGAAGCCAGAUGGUACCAAUAUAUAGCGUCGGGUGAUGACGCUUUACGUCAAACUCAAGGUCAAGGUCAGCAGAGUUGGUUAAAAAGCUGGCAGAAUGAACGGCAUUCCAUGGUUGGAACAACUCAGCUUUAUUUGUUAAAAUAACUUUCGCCACAGCUAUAAAAUUAUCGAACAUGUACCAUGUCAAUUAUAUGCCAUUCGUCAUUCAAGCUGGCUUUCACUACUAACUUCAAUGGUCGUUUUGAUGAAGAAACCACGUGGUUAAUCUUAGAACCUGGUCUGAGUUUUCGAUAUUUUUGGAGUGUUGUUGUGUAGUCCUAUAGACGAUCAAAACCAUGCUGGUGCCUUGUUUGGUGAUUUGAUAUAUAUUGUGUGAAGACUAUGUAAUAUUACUCAUUAUCAUAAGAGGUUGCAGGACAGGAUACUGCCAUAUGGAAUAUAUUGUAUUAACAAAACGUUGUAGUAAGUUCCACCGCUCGCUAAGUCUCUACCGUCCUUCAAGGAAUAAACUGUGAUCCAUUGAAA